GUUUCACCUUUCGAACGGUUAAAGACGAGUCUUUCCAGGAUACAUACUUCUUCGACUUGCAAUUUGGUGCUUUAGACCUGUCACACCUCUCCCACUACACAAUGUAUCUCGUGUCGCUUGCUCUCGAAUAUGCCGCUCCGUUCUUUCUUGUCACAUCUCCGUUGACAUCAUACGCGGACCAGAUUCUCAGUAUACAUCGGUCUAAGAACUCGGCUGGCUUUUCGCUGGAUAUUCCUCUGAUCAUGCUCAUUGCGUCGGUUCUCAAGGUUUUUUACUGGUUCGGUGAAUACUACUCUCUUGCGCUACUCGCGCAGGCUGUGAUCAUGAUCGGGGUUCAAGCGGUCUUGCUGAAGGUCGCGCUGGACAACCGACCGUCGCCGGGUGGAAAGAAUAGCCUUGAACAUGCUCCAUUCAGCGGUGAAAGCGACAAUGGCAUGGCAAGACCGUAUGAAUUCUGGCAGUGGAGGAACGCAAAGCCGUACUGGAUGUCCCUGGCAUACUUUGUCGCCGCGCUUUCCUUCAUUCACCUCACACCAAUUUCCGAAUCGGAAUCCUACAUCGCCCUUCUCGGAUAUGUCGGUCUCGCAGUUGAGGCCACGCUCCCUGUGCCGCAGAUUCUGGCGAACCACCGAACCCGCUCGUGCAAAGGAUUCAGACUCUCGGUGCUUGCUGCGUGGAUUAUUGGCGACACAAUGAAGAUGAGCUACUUCUUUUUCAGCGAGGAAACGAUCCCGUGGGCUUUCCGAAUUUGCGGCAUGUUCCAGUGCGCCUGUGACUUCUACCUCGGGUUCCAAUACUGGAUGUAUACAAGGGGUCCAUACAGGGCUGCGGGCAGCUCUAACAACCACCAGCAAGGUGAAGCCUGGGGUCACGAAGAGAAGGACAUCCGGAUGACUUGAAUGAGCUAUGGUCGUUUUUCUUAUUAGUAAUGCUACUUGAUGUUGUAGAUAGAUUUUCCUGUUUUAUCAUCAACUCGGAUAUAUUUAGACUAACAAACAAUGAAAAUCCACUUUAAUAGGUAUAAGUCAAUUGCAG